AUGGAAGGAAAGCAGACAUGCCGUUGGGCGGCACUUUCCCUAUCCAGCAUUGCUUCAACCUUCCUGCCUGAUCUACUCGGGCGGGAAGAUGCACAAUAUGAACACAAGCUGGUCGCAAUUAGUACGACGGGCACAAAUGAACGCGCCCAGAAAUGGUUCAAAGACAACAAGAUUCCUGAUUCUGAAUCCGUAACGGUCUACAACUCAUGGCAGACGAUGCUGGAGCAGGGCGAUUUCGACAUCGUAUACAUCUCAACACCGCACCCAUUGCAUUAUGAAGAGAUAAUGAAAGGCCUCGAGUGCAAAAGAAACAUCCUAGUCGAGAAGCCAGCGACCAUGAAUGCUGCGCAAUACCGAAAAUGCAUCGAACUUGCGAAUCGGCAGGGUGUCGUCCUCAUGGAAGCCAUGUGGACACGCUAUUUACCUGCCACGAGGUAUCUGACAGAAGAGCUCUUGCCCAAGAUUGGAAAGGUGAGGAGGGUGUACUCCGAUUUCUCAUUUCCCAUCGUUGGAUCGGACCUCCAAGACACAUCUCGAUUUCUCGAUAAAACAGCUGGUGCGGGUGCUCUACUAGACCAGGGCGUAUAUGCCCUGACUUGGGCGGAUCUUGCACUCAAUGGAGUGGAGGUCGGUGAAACCAAAGUGCUGCACUGCAGUUCUUGGAGCGUUCCUGAGAGGCCUGGUGAGGUUGACGACAUCAACACUGUCGUGCUCGCGAAUAAGGGUGCCACCGCUAUCGUCACCACCAGCAUGACUCUCCCAGGGUCGAGCAAGCCUCCGUUCUACGUUCGCCUGGGUGCGCAGAAAGCCGCUCCUUCUGUCAGGAUUGAAGCCACAGAGGCAUCGGUGGCUAUUCCGUUCCCACCCAUCCGACCUGAGGAGUUGCAUGUGCAGUGGUAUGGGUCUGCCCACUUGAACGAGGAUGGCACGGAAAAGAACGAGGUAAUCAAGAAACCUGUCAGUGGUUGGGGAAUCUGGUAUCAGGCGGAUGUCAUAGCGGCGGCAGUAUUCAACAAACAACCGUGUGUGAUAGGGGCGGAGGAGAGUCUCAGGGUACUGGCAUGGAUGGAUGAUGCCAGGCGACUAGGAGGCAUAACAUACGACCAAAAGUUGGAGCAACUUUAG